GACAAGUUGGUGUCAGUGUCAAGUAGACUGUGGAGUUGGAUCAGGUGUGGAAAGGAGGAUAGUGAAUUCUGAUAUUUAACCCUCAUUGGAAAAGUAUUACUGAAAAUGACAUCUUUGGAUCAACCAGACUAUGUUCUUUAUGCUUGUACAUGUGGAUGUUUGAAACCAGUGACGAGAAUGUAUUUUUGUCGCCAUUGCUUGAAAGUUCGCUGUGGCUACUGUGUUAGUCAUGAAGUUGAAGCACAUUUCUGUUCCAAUUGUUUGGAGAAUAUUCCACCAUCUGAAGCGCGUUUAAAGAAAAACAGGUGCGGUACGUGCAUGGAUUGUCCAAACUGUUUGAAUGCCUUGUCAGUCCGUGCUACCACCAUCUCUCGCUUGUCAGAGGACGGCUCCAAGAUGCCAGGGAAGGUCUACUAUCUUGCAUGUUUCUUCUGUCGGUGGACUACCCGAGAUGUGGGAAUCCCUGACCAGACUGCAGCAACUGGGAGCUGGCCGGAGAGAGAGAAUCCCCAUGCUAAUCGUAUCAACACACUACUGGAGCACUACAAAACCAAGGCACUGCGAGAGAAAAUAGAGAAGGAACGGAAGACCCUCAGCACUCCACGGAGGGGCUACACGCAUCUGGCUGAGCGGUAUGGGUUGUCAGGAAUGAUAGCACGCCGCAGGGCAGGCCUGCCAACAGUACCUCUGGGAAGAGAUGCGGAACUGACAACUCCCCCUGCUCCGGCCACAGCCUCUGAGACUGUAGAGGACCUGCCAGACCACUUCUUCACCCAGGCUCCAGUGCUGACUCAGAUAACCACAAUGACACAGCGCCUGGCACUGACCGACUCACAGCCAGUCAGCACUGAGGAUUUGAUCCCUCCCCACCGUAGGUUGUUCAUAAAACGCUCGCAGCGUUGUCGUGAAUGUGAACACAACAUCUGCAAGCCUGAGUUCACCCCGGCCUCUAUCAAGUUCAAGAUACAAUUGGCAGCACACUAUCACUUGCCAUCUGUACGGAUUCUCACUGUAGAGCCACUGAGAGCUGGUCAACCCUGUGAAAUCAUACUGAAGCUGACCAACCCGACCCAGCACCUGACCUCUGUACAGUUCUGUCCUUUGCCCACCGAACAGGAGGAGUUGCGGGACUUGGAGCUCGAGAUCGAGCGCCUCAGUCGUAAGGAAGAGAUUAAACCUACAAGUGGGCGUGAGAGUCUGAUGCUGCCAUCUAUUGGUCAACGGCCAUCCGUGCCCAAACCUCCACGAAGAGUGCAGGCCACUGUGACAGCGGUGCUGGCACUGCCCUCUGGAGGUGUUAUUCUGCCCCCACGCGAUGAUGCAGCAGAGUACGACGAUUCUGGCGACACCCACAACUUCCAGGAUGACCCCAAGGUGGUGGUGUGGCGUAAAGGUAACAAGGCUGCUGUAAGGUUCACUCUGACUCCUGACUCCACUCUAGCCGUGGGAGAUCCAGUGCUCUGUGGUUUCGUAUUAUGUUACGGCUACGUCAAUACCAUGGUGACUGUGGAGCCUGCCCGUGUCGAGCUACAAGUCCGUAUCUACUUGGCCCCGGGCAACGUGUGUGGAGAUCCACAGUGAUCCAUCUACACUCCCUCAUCACUAUAAUGAUAACUUAUAAUAGCAGAGACAUUGUAACAAGUCUCUCGAAACAUGUAUCACUGGGCUGUUACGGUUGCUGUAUUAUUAACUUAUAUGCUGCAACAGUUGUGGCCAGGGGUGUUGUGCUAAAAUAAGCUGCCAGUGAAGAAGUCCUAAAAUAUCUGAUAUAUAGAAGAAAUCAGAGCUAUAAAGUAUAAAUAGAAUUCACAAGCAGUUAACACAAUUCUCCCCUCCCAUGACUGCUUGGCCAUUAGUAGGACAUAAAGGAAUUUUGUCAUAAAUAAUCGCACCAUAAUUACUUCUUUAAUUAUUUUUAACUUAUCUUGCAAGGUUUGUUCUGUUACUGGGUUUUGGAUUAGAAAAAUGUAUUAAUCAGUUUGGGUUUUGUUGAUUUAAAACAAAGAUAUAGAAUGUUGUUAGUUUCAAGUUAUCUUUUUGCACUUGUAUAUACUCUUUUCCUGCAAUAAAAGGUAUUUUGUUUGACCUGAAUAUUGUGUUAAUUAAAAUAUUUCUUUGUAACAAACAGCAAGUGGCUGCCAAGAACAGUUUUUUAAUAAAUGUAAUAAAACUGCAUUUAAAAUUUCAAUUACAAUUGAAAUUACAUUGCAAUUAUAAUUACAUUGAAAACAAACCUUGAAUUAAAAAUAACAUUUUUAUCUUGGCUACAGAAAUGAAAUGACAUUAAAUUAAAAUUAAAAAAAUCUUUAUUACAGAGGCAAAGUUAGGAUUUAGAAGUCCUCUCUUCCACUUAAACUCACAAAUAGCAAAAAUUAAAUAUCAUUCUUAUUAUGAAGUAGCAAUGAAUGUCGUGUAUAAAACAGUGCUAAGUCAGACUACUAAUUAAUAGUACAGAGAUGAUAAUUCUUGCUUGGUGCAGACAAGAUUAGUUGUAAUUUUGAGUGCCUGGUACAAUAUUGUAACAGAACAGUUUCAGAUGAUGUAAUUAAUAACAUGUUAUAAAUUACCAGCUACAGCUAAUUAUUUAAGAAAUAAUACGUUGUUAGUGUGGUAUUUUUCUAAUAUUGUUUUCAAUGAUUUUUCAUUGCUGGUCUUGGAUAAUUUUUCACUUAAAAAAAUAUUAGCCUUAGGUAUUGUAAAUUAUGUAUGGUGUAACUAAACCAUAAAAAGGCAUUCUACAAAAAUGUUAAUUCUUUCAUUGAGUUUAUUGUUCGUAUUCUUCCUGUUUUGUAACUUUUCAGUAUAAUUAAUUGUACACUGUUCAGCAUAACCAAUACAUCAUUAUCAUUUUCUACUAUUUUACUGAAAGUAUUGGAACAAAAUGUUCAGUUUAUAAGCCACUGGAUCACAGCAGAAAAUACUAUUGCACUCUAUAAUAACUGCAUGCAAAAUUUACUAAUACUAUACAGAGAAACAUGGCAAUGUCAUAUAAGCUAACAUUCUCAGGUAUUUAGUAACUGACACUGCUGAUAAAGCUGUCACAUCUGAGGAAUAUAUUUUUAUGAAUGUAUGUUAAAAUUCUUUUGUAGAAUGUGUUCAAUUAUGUUACUUGAUAUUUUUGCUUGUAGGUUUUUAUAACAAAAGAGAUAAAUAAUGUUUAUGUUACUGUUAUUUAUUUAUUUAAUUUCUAAUAUUUUGUAUACAAUUACAAUAGUUUUCUAUAAAA